ACACACACAGAAAUAAAUAAAUAAGUAAAUAAAUACCACAAUUCUACUCAUAAGGCUCUGCCUUCCUGAUCACUUCACCUCCCAGGGACCCCUCACAUAUUAAUUUUGUCAUCUUGGGGAUUAGGAUUUCAACAUAUGAACUGGGAGGGGAUUCAAACAUUCAGACCUUAGCAGAAUUUUACCUCAUUUAAAGGAGUGUAGAGGGCUGGGGAUACAGUUCAGUGCUAGAGUACUUGACUAGCGUGUGCAAGGCUCUGGGUUUCCAGUGUACUAAAACAAGACAAAAAUACCUGACAGGAGAAAGAAGAAAAGAAAGGGGAAGGUAAGUAAUACAGAACAGUGUUCUGGUUUACUUUCUGCAAUUGUGACAUGGUGAUAACACCCCCAAUCCAGUUCUCCAGCAUCAGGGUAAAUAACAUAUCAGUUAGUGCUACAUAAAACAGCCCACAGCAGGUACCGAAACUAAAUGUCAGUUGCCCUCUCUCCUUCACAAGUGUCUAGCCUGCUUGCUCCUUUAUUUUUUAUGACUCGGGUUGGUAGCUCCACCCUGACAGCCUGUCCUCACACAGUUCACCUUCUCUAGCUUCCUCCAUGUGGCAGGUCAUUGCACCAUUGGGCAUGCCCACUCCUAUGUGAAGGCCAUUGUGGUCCUUGGGCCACUGCUGCAGAAUCACCAGAGAGCUGCCUCUGUGGAACUUACCCCUGAAUCAGAUGCUGCGUUUGUAGAAACUGCUCCUGAGUUUGAGAGUACAAGGAUGCACUAGGUGUGGGCUGGCACCCACCCCACCCUAAGGUGACCAUGGAUCCUGGAGCCGGAUCUGACUCAUCUCUGACUGUCAAUGAGCAGGUCAUCGUGAUGUCAGGCCAUGAGACCAUCCGAGUGUUGGAAGUUGGAGUGGAUGCCCAGCUCCCUCCUGAGGAGGAGGGUAAAGGACUGGAGGGUGUAGCUGCCGAUGGCUCCCAGAGUGGAGGUCCUACUGAAGUCAGUGAAUCUACUGGCGAAGCUGGGCUGCAUGACCCAGACCCUGCUGCAGAAGAAACUGUGAAGUCGCUGCCGGGGAUCCCUCCAAGUCCUGCCCCUGCAAUGGCCACCUUCAGUCAAGCCCCAAGUCAGCCUCAGGCAUCACAGACCCUGACACCACUGACUGUACAAGCUGCCCCUCAGGUCUUGACUCAGGAAAACUUAGCCACAGUUCUGACAGGAGUUAUGGUUCCAGCAGGGGCAGUUACUCAACCUCUUCUUAUCCCCAUCAGUAUUGCAGGUCAAGUGGCUGGGCAGCAGGGGCUGGCCGUGUGGACAAUUCCUACAGCAACUGUGGCUGCCCUCCCAGGACUGACCGCUGCUUCUCCUACGGGGGGAAUUUUCAAGCCACCUUUAGCUGGUCUCCAAGCAGCUGCCAUGUUGAACACCGCUCUCUCGACACCCGUACAAGCUGCCCCACCAGUCCAGGCCUCCUUGCCCACCCAGCCCCGACCACCAGCGCAGCCCCAGACGCUAUUUCAGACUCAGCCGCUGCUGCAGACAACACCUGCCAUCCUCCCACAACCCACUGCUGCUCCUGGUGCUGCGCCCACUCCCAAGCCGGUGGACACCACCUCACAGAUCACCGUCCAGCCUGCAGGCUUCGCAUUUAGCCCAGGGAUCAUCAGUGCUGCUUCCCUCGGGGGACAGACCCAGAUCCUGGGCUCCCUUACUACAGCUCCAGUCAUUACCAACGCCAUUCCCAGCAUGCCAGGGAUCAGCAGUCAGAUCCUCACCAAUGCUCAGGGACAGGUUAUUGGAACACUUCCAUGGCUAGUGAACUCAGCUAGUGUGGCGACUCCAGCACCAGCGCAGAGCCUGCAGGUCCAAGCCGUGACUCCCCAGCUCUUGCUGAAUGCUCAGGGCCAGGUGAUCGCAACCCUAGCCAGCAGUCCCCUGCCUCAGCCCAUGGCUGUCCGGAAGUCAAGUACACCGGAGUCCCCUGCUAAGAGUGAGGUACAGCCUAUCCAGCCCACACCAGCUGUGCCCCAGCCUGCCAUGGUCAUCGCCAGUUCAGCCCCAGCAGUCAAGCCAUCUGCCUCAACUCCCAUCCCAAUCACCUGCUCAGAGACCCCCACAGUCAGCCAGUUGGUGUCUAAGCCUCACAAUCCGAGUCUGGAUGAGGAUGGGAUCAACUUAGAAGAGAUUCGGGAGUUUGCCAAGAAUUUUAAGAUUCGGCGGCUCUCCCUGGGCCUUACACAGACCCAGGUGGGCCAGGCUUUGACAGCGACAGAAGGUCCUGCCUAUAGCCAAUCAGCCAUCUGCCGGUUUGAGAAGCUGGACAUCACACCCAAGAGUGCCCAGAAGCUGAAGCCAGUGCUGGAGAAGUGGCUGAAUGAGGCAGAGCUCCGGAACCAGGAAGGCCAGCAGAACCUGAUGGAGUUUGUGGGUGGUGAACCCUCCAAGAAACGCAAGCGCCGCACUUCCUUCACACCACAGGCCAUAGAAGCUCUCAAUGCCUAUUUUGAAAAGAACCCACUGCCCACAGGCCAGGAAAUCACCGAGAUCGCUAAGGAGCUCAACUAUGACCGAGAGGUUGUGAGGGUCUGGUUCUGCAAUCGGCGUCAGACGCUCAAGAACACCAGCAAGUUAAACGUCUUUCAGAUCCCUUAGAGCUCUGUCCCAGUCCUGUGUUCCAGCACUUUCUACUCUUCCCUUGGCAACCCAGCUGUCACUGCCAUGACAGUGCCUAUCAUGUGCAGCUGUGCUUGCCCUCGGUCAUGAGACUACUGUCUGCAUGUGUGUCAAUGCCUGCCUCUUCUGCCCCACGUAUGUCACAUCCUGGGGAGGCUUGAGGGGCUGUGCUCUGGGCUAGGCAUGCCGAAGAAGGGGAUUUGUGGUGUCCUUUUGAGAAGCACUUUGCUAACAUGGUUUCUGAAGGGUGAAUUCUGGUUGAGAACCAGAAAGGUUCUGUCUUUGGGACAGGGCUGUAGCCUCCUGGGACCAUUGGAUAUUAGCUCUUGUUUUCAAUGGCACUCUCCCCCCUCUUCCCCUUUCCUCUUCUAUGGUUGUGCCAGUUUGACAACUCACCCAGUGGAACUACAGGCUCACACUGCCGUCCCCUAAUUUGUAUACAGGCAUACUGAACCCCUUUUAAGGACAAAGGAGAUAAGGUUGAGAAAAGUAUGACUUGCUACUCAGACUCAAUGCCCUGACCUCAGGGUCAGAAGGUCCCUAAAACCUUGGUGCCAGACCACAUGGGCUCCUUUCCCUGGUUCCUUUGGUGGUGGUGGUACAAUUGCAUUAAGGCAGAACCUUUCCUUCUAUAAUCCAAGUUGGAAUGAAGCAACAGUACUCUUCAGCCUGGAGUUGUCCUGGGUCUGGAAUUCAGCAAAUAAGGCCAUCUUCCCAGAUUUUAAUAUAAUCUCUGUCCAUGGCUAUCUCUCAACUAAAGGAGAGUGGUUAGGAGAGGACUUUCAGCUUUGGAAAAUUCCCACUGCCCACUUAAGCUGGCAGCUCUGGGAAAAACAAAUGAGGAAGGAAUCUGACACUCUCCUCUUGUGCUCAUACUGACCCCAAUCCAGUACUGGGGUCUUCUCAGAGGAUCAACUUAAACCAUAAACCAGUCAGCUAGGAGCUGGGGUAGGGAGGACACUCUCCAGAAAGAGAUGAUGAUACCCAGGAAGGUCUUUUGUGGAGGCUACCUUAACUCUAGUUUUCUGUGUAACUUGAGUCUUGGGUAUCGGCAACCUCUCACUUUGUUCAGUCAUAGACCUAGUCUGUGUGAGAGCAAGCCCCCAUUACUCCUCUGAGCCAAGAAUGCCCCAGGUCAGGAUGGGUUUUGCCUUUAGAGGUGGCAACCACGGCACUCUGAGGGUAGACACUCUCAUGCAAGCAGCUAAGUGAGUCUCCCUGUGGCUGGACAGCCCUUUCAAUUCAGUAUGUUGGCUGAGGAAUGUAGCUCAGCAGUAGAGUACUUACCUAGCAUGUGCAAAGUUCUGGAUUCGGUCUCUGUCACUGAGGAAAAAAAAUGAGUACGUGAUGCCAGGAGGUCAGGAAAGAGCUAAGACAUUUGCUUGGAUGACCCGACUUGCUGUGUAGACUGUCCCUAAAGGGCCACAAGGUCCAGGAAUCAAUCACUUCACUACUUUUUUGUUUAUCUGUUUUGUUUUUGAGACAGGAUCUUAUGUAGCCAGGCUGACCUCAAACUUGCCAUGUAGCUGAAGAUGACCUGGAACUCCUGAUCUUCCUGCUUCCACCUCCCAAGUGCUAGGAUUACAGGCAUGUGCCAUUGUGCCUGGAUCUUCACUACUUUUAGCCUUACAGAGCCUGGUCUUUAGCAGCUGUUCACCACUGUACCUCACAAGAUCUACCCUGAGUGAUGCUCAGACAAGGAGGCAUCACCACCCCUACUGGUGCAGAGCUACUUUCAGUCUCUCUUCCUCUGGUGCACUGCGUUCCCUUUCCUGCUUACUGCUAGUGAACGUAGGCUCUGCAGAGCAAGUAUGGAGGCCCUCUUGGUAGCCCUGCCGGUGAGAGUUAUAUGCUGAAUCAACACACACGCUCCACUGCAUUCAACCCAACCAAGCCUGUGGGAUUACAGUGGGAAGUAAGGAGGCAGGAGAGCAUUCUAGGUCAGGAUUAUCAACCUGCCUUCAUGAGAUGGAACUUCAGUCAGGAGGGCUACUGUAAACAAGUUUUCAGUAGGAAUUCUUAGUACUGCAGUUUGUCAAGGCGAUUCACACUUCAGUGACUCACAGGCAGCUUAGCAUGCCUCUUAACCCAAAUACCAUGCACUCAGAAGUGUUGCUUUUUGUGAGGUAGCCAAGCAGGUCACAGCUGGUGCCUUGGGAGUAGCAUAUAACACAGGGUAUAUUUAUGCUGUGGACAUGCAAGAUGAUCUGUGCCAUGGCAGGAAAAAAAAAUCAUGAGUCACAAGUCUAAAUUAGGUCAUAUCUUCUUGACCCCUCCUUUGUCUAAAUAUGUCUUCCCAAUGCUUGGCUGGGACAACCAUUUUCCUCCUCUGCUGCAAAGAUGGAUUGGUCUUUCAGAAGAACAAUACCAGGGCCUGAACAUUUGCAGGCUGGACUUCUCAAGUAGUGGGGGUGCAAGGUAUGCUUAAAGUGUACCCAAAGUAGGGCUCACUGGCCUGUGAACUCUGCCCUUGCUCUCCCACUGUAGACCCCCCAGGAAGCAGCUAGCAUCUGGGCCACUAAUCUAUACUGGACACUAAUCUGCAAGGCAAUUUUGUUAUUUUGAUUUUUGGUAGCAUCGGCGUCUGAAGAAAAUUUUGGUUUUAUUUUGAAAGCAUGUUCCUGGAAUUAAGUCUGAGCUCAGUGGCUCUUUUGGCCCAGAAAGACAGGAGAAUGGGCAGAAUGAUUUAACUGUAUGGAUGGUUUGUUUUAAGUGAACUUUCUAUGGCCUGCUGAAUCAGCUACAGCCUUUGACCAUGCACUAACCACAGCAUUUUAUCCAAGCAAAGUCCAGCAAAGAAUUUGGUCAUGUGAACUGAGGAACACACUUGAGUUUGGAAUGCAAAGGCCUGAUGUGUUUGUGUUCUUGGAAACCAGUCACCUUCCUAUGCCUAAGCUUCCUUUCUUGCCUCAUAGGCCAGAUCCCAACAUUGAAGUUCUGACCAUCCCCCAGCAUGGGGCACUGCCAGUAUACUGAAGGCUGGAGGGACAGAUGGAGGAAAAGACCUUGAUGGAGUUGUGUGAAAUAAACAGUAUUUUUCUUUUGUA